AACCAGGUGCCGCGAAACAGGAAAUUUUUACGGUGAAUGUUGUUCAACUUCUUCAAUAUGACGAUGUUUUAUUAUGGAUUAAGAUUAAUCGAUUCGUAAUAUGGAAGAUAUCAUGGUCUACUGCACCUCUUUAUUGUUUAAAAAUAGCCUCAAGGAAAGCGUAGUGUUGCAUGCUAGUGAAGCAUGAUGCAGACUCGGGAGACUGAUAGAGAACUAACUGCGUUCAUAUUCACACAUGUAUUAGCUCAGAAGAGAUAAGAUAUCUCGAAGAUGCAGUCUUCUACAAUAAGAAAAAACAAAACUAUCGUGUUCUUCAUUAGCUGUUAAAUCUAAAGUCAUGGUUGGUUUCUCGUUCAGCCGGCAAGAACAGUUGUAUGGUAAGAUUACAUUAUAGCGAUGGUGUAGGGGCUAACUCAAAGCCGGUUUUCAAGUUUCAAUGCUCUUAAUUUUUCUAGCAAUGAUGGGGAAAAAGGCUGACAGCCUAAAGGAGCUCAGUACGCCAGAUGAUUGGGAGUUAGUUGAAAGCAUCGGCGAAGGAACGUAUGGUGAAGUAUACAAGGCAAGGAACAAGGUUACUGAAGAGAUUGCCGCAGCGAAGGUCAUCGAUUCUAUCCACGAGAAAAUCGAAGAAGUUCUACCCGAGCUGGAGAUUCUGAAAAGGUAUUCUACGCAUCCAAAUUUAGCUGGUUUUCAUGGAGCUUUCAUCAAUGUGGACACUAAACAUGAUCAGCUCUGGCUCGUUAUGGAGGUGAGAUAUUAAAACUGAUAUCGUCUGUCCCUUACGCUUGCGAUGAUUUUUUUAUCCAUUUAAUAGCGAUUUUAACCUCUUUGGGUAUGAAAUAAACCCGCUAAUGACAAAACAAAUGUCCCGAACCCAACUGUUACAAUUACAAUGUAGUGUAGAAUAAAAAUAAGCUCUUAAUUACCGAGAAUCGUCAGUGUGUGUUAAUUACUUAACUUUGAUUGCAAUUGCCUCAAGACGGUACAUUUUUUAAGUUUACUUAACAUUUCCUUGCCGACCUGAAAGUAAAAUUUAACGUAACAAAUCUCAUAUCAUUCUUUGUUGGGAAAGUUCCAGCAAAUUAUUGAAAACUUACAUAACGCUCCAGUUGACAAAUCACACAUUAAACGUGAUUCCUAUUUGCAUUUAAAAACAGAACUGCCUUAUUUUGCAAAUAGUCUUUUUUUAUUGGAGAUAUUUGUCAUACCUAUGCGUGAAACUUGUUAAAUUAAGACAACAAAAUUUGUGAUAAUUUUGCACUUUUAUGGCAAAUUUUAUUAGUUAAAAUCUAUAAUAUACUGGUGGGAUUAAUAUUCAUGCAGUAACGAACAGGUGGUAUUGGAAUGCAGAAAUAUUGACUAAUGAGGAUAGGGUGGGUUAAGUUUUACAGGUCGUGGUCAUUCGUGUUGAAUGUAACACAGGGUAAGUGACAUUCAAGGGUAACAGAAAAUGCUGACAAGUAGAUAAUGUCAGGGAAAAUAACCUCACUCCCUUCUCUAAUUAACAAAUACAUAUUCAUAAAAAAAUGAAAAAUGUUUCUUUCUCCCCCUAGCCCUCAUCCUUUUAUGAGAGCUUCUGUUUGUAAUAAACAGAGGAGCCUUAGAUGCAGAAAUGUACUGUAGCACAGGAAUACCAACAUUUGUAAAACUGUCUUUUUUUCUUAUUAACUGUUUUGCUUAAGCUUUGUCGUGGUGGAUCAGUAACCAAUCUCGUGAAGAGCUUGAGAAAGAGAGGAAAAUACCUUGAUGAAGACCUUAUUGCCUACAUCCUUUAUGAGACACUUAAGGUAGAUACUGCAGAAGAUUUCAAUUUUUCAGUCUUUGACCCCAGCACUGGUUAUGAUUUUGAUGAAAAGGAAAGACACAAAAUGUUUAUUGUUUUAAAUUUUUUAGUUUCGUUUAAAUGGUAUUUCUGUGAGCUUCAAAAUGUGUUCUCCUUACACGCGCAUAGUUGAACAUGUGAAAGAAAAUCUGUUAUGUUCUAGAUAAAUCUACACCAUUUGGGACAGCAGUGUCAGUUUUACUUUUAUAAUCAUAACCAUGUCAAAGUCCAAUAAUAAUUUUAUCCUCGUUUGAAAUUUUAUUUCUGUUUGUUCCAUAUCAUUGUCAUAGACAUACAUCAAUACACCCAAAAACAAAGAAAAAUCAUCUUUGAACCAUGGAACCAGCAUACAUCAUGUUUAUUUUGUUUGAUGUACUGUAGGGAAUUGAGCAUCUUCACAGGCACAAUGUUAUGCACAGAGACAUAAAAGGUCCAAAUGUCAUGCUAACAAACACAGCAGAAAUCAGAUUAAUUGAUUUUGGUAAGUCGUCAUGUGAUCAAAGACUUCAAAGAGGUAUAGGUAUCUUGUUCAAACAGUGGACAUUUUUUAAACUCAUUAGGACAGUUUGAAGCACAUUAAUUUACCAAGAAAGGUAAACUGUGUUUUUUAAUUUGAUACUUUUGUAUUAUCAGUAAUGUUAUCUAUUAUUAUUUUUUAUUGUACAGUUGUUAAAAAUAUUAAUAUUACCAUAAUCAAUUUUGCUCUAAAAGCAUAGUGCAUAAUCCAUCAAAUGUUGCAAAUCUUUGUGCUGAAUUUCAUUUGGUUGUAACAUUGUUAUUAAUUUGAUUAAGGUACAAAGUGUAAGUUAUAUUUAGUUUAGGUACGCAUUGUUGGCCGGUGCAUUACGGUCAUUCAUUAUCUGUCUGUGAGCCAGUUGUCAAUUAUUCAGGCAGUCACUCCAACAUUUGUUUAGUCUUUAAAAGAAACUAAAAAAAAUACUACAGCCAUAAAGAAAUGGCAAAAUAAAUACAGUUUUAUAUUUAUAGAUUUAAGUAACAAGUUUAAACAAUCCUUAUAUAUUAAAUAAUUUCUUAAUCUUUUCUUUGAUAUUAGGUGUUUCAGCAGAGUUGUCAAACAUCUUAAUGCGACGUAACUCAUCAGUGGGAACACCAUUCUGGAUGGCUCCAGAAGUCAUUGCCUGUGAACAGCAGCUAGACUACAGUUAUGAUAUUCGUUGCGACAUUUGGUCCCUGGGUAUAACUGCAAUUGAACUUGCUGAUGGUGCCACACCGCUUUCAGAUCAACAUCCAAUGAGAGCUCUAUUUAAAAUUCCCAGGUCAGACUUCAUUCCUGUGUAUUUUGGACAAAGAUAUGUUUCAUCAGUCUUGCUUGCCUAUUCAGUUCCCAUUAAGGAGGUCCAGUGUCACACUAAAUUUUUUUUUCUUUUACAUUGUUAUUACAUAGUUAUCUCAUAGUUUAAAUACCGCUUAAUGUUAGUCCUCCACCAGUUCAUUCAUUCGUCCAUCUGUCCAUCCAUCUGUUCAUCCAUCCAUCUGGUCACAAGUUCAUAUCUUACGGUAUUUCAUUACACAUUUAAUUGCAAUGAGACAAUUUAAGAGAGAUCAACGGCUACGCAGCAGUGAAGUGGGAAUCUAAUGAUCAAAGUACCAAAGAAUUAAAAGAAUAUCUAACAAGAACAAAUGCAUAAUUAUAAUUUCAGGAGCAAGCCUCCCUCCAUGAAGAAUCCAGAAAGGUGGUCUCAUGAAUACAGAGAUUUUAUUGCUAAGUGAGUAAUAAUAUUGUAUUAUUGUAUUUCCUUUAUAUCUUCAAACGAUACAUGUACAUUCCAAUAGUGGCAUUGCACAAUUUUAGAAGCCCCUUUAUGGGAAAGCAAACAAAGUUUUCUUUUUCUGCACUUAAGAUAGACUUAAGUAUCUUUUGGAAUAUACUUGUUUUUUUAGGUGCCUCGUCAAAGAUUUUGAGACACGACCACAUGCAAGUGAAAUGUUGAAGCAUAUGUUUGUAUGUUGGGUGACAUCAAAAAGAGAAACUGUAAGUCAUUGUUUUUUUAUUAUUUUUGUUUUUGUACUUAUAAAAGACUAUCAGCCAGCAACAAUUCAUAGAAAACUGCAGUUAUAAUGAUUAUCUUAAUAAUUAUUAUAAAUAUGAUAAAAAAAUUAUGUUAUAUAAAUAUAAAUAUUAUUAUUAAUAAUAAUUACAGUGAUGAGGAUUAUGAUCAUGAUCCCUUAUGGCAUUUUCAGUUACUAGACGGUCCAUGACUAACAAAUAAAUAGUUUACCUCUCACUAAUAACACUCUCAUGUCACUAUCAUCCGAGAUGGGGUCAAAAGAAGGUCUCCCAAGUUUUUCAUGAAAUGUUAACAGAUUGGGUGGUCUUCACUGUUUAGAGAUAAGUAUCAUGGACAUGAUUAAUCUCUGACCAAAUCUAGGUUCUUUGUGAAUGUCUUCUGUCAAAAAUAUGAGUGGUAUUUUUCAUCAAUUUUGAAUGAAACGUCAUUGUCUUGGUGAAAAUAGAAAAUCAUUGUUAUUGAAUCUCUAACAAAAUAUUUGCAAGCAUAGGAGAAUAAUUUAAUGUAUAUAGACAUUACUUUGAAGGUGUUACAAACUACAUAAUGGGGUGGCAAGAAGAAAGCAAAACCACUUGCAACUAUUGCCAUCUAUGUUGUGGAAAGUUUUUGUUGGUGAAUCAUGUUUGUAGUGGCUGGCAACACUUUAUCCAUAAUCAAUAUCUGUGGAAGAUUGUAAAAUAAUGGUCAUACAAAGAAAUGAUUUAUAUCACACAUUCAACCUUGAAUAAAGGUUGCAUGACGUGUAAUGUAAAUUAAUUGACAAAAAAUGUUGCAGCUUCGCCGAAAGUUGAUGACAUUAAUGGAACUUCAGUAUGAAGGAAGAGACGGUAUCAUGGAUGAAGCUAGUAGGGAGAAGGACGACAAAAUCCUGAGGUUGGUGUAAUAUAAAUAAUGCUGUUAAACUUAUUAAUUAUUAACAAUAAAUGACUACCCUUCAAAAAUACUUUUUAAAAUGAGUGCUUAAAGCUUGAAUUUAUUUGUUUUGCACCUUUGACAAUUUAUAAUUAUAUUUUCCAGUAUUUUUGUUGAGCUGUUUAUAUAGUCUCAGAUGUUUACUCACACUUGACUAUCAUGAUGUUUAAGAAUAAUUGUGUGAAUGAAAGUUUGAUUGAAAGUGUCAUAUGACCAGUGACAUAAUUUAUACAAUCAUAUAAAAUACUCUUUAUCAUUGUUGGUCGUUAAAUUAUUUUUAUGGAUAGCAAAUUCUUGAAAAUCAUUUUUUUGUAAAAAUAGAAUAAAUAACUGCAAUCAAAUGCUUUAAAAUCCACACUCUAUGCUUAAGCAAGUUCUAUUUUAGCAUAGUACAUAAUGUAUAACUUUACAUGUAUUAUAUACAAAGUUUGCUUUUUCAUUAUUUUGAGCAAAAGAGGCUUUUUUCCUAAAUAAAAUAAAGAAAGAAAUAACACAGAAACACAGAAUUCCAAAAAAUCUUAUUGUGAAAAUUAACUAAAUCAUCUUACUAAUUUUUGUCUUUUAUUGCCGAGCAUUUCCCCUUUGUAUGUGCUCUUUGUAGUAAAUUCCAGCAAAGUAAGAUCAAGGUUACUCUUUGAAAUUUUUGCAUGAAAAUGUUAAUUUAUGUACAAAAAUAAUUGCUGAGAUUUUGUGUUUGUGUAUGUGAAUCAAAAUAUUAAGAUAAUAAAUGUUAACUAUCUUUCAUUUUUUUGUAGUCCUUUGCAUGUGCCAAGCAAGAAUCCACUGCGCAACGAUCAAAUGCAUCAUGUAGACAACUUAGCAGAGCUUGGAAGCCUUACAGAGGUAUGUUGGUAAACGGUACCUUGUUUGAGUGAAAUUAAUCCAUAUUUGGGAGAAAUGUUACUUAUAAUAUAGGGUCCACUGGGUCUUGAAAUGUCCCAGAAUUUUAUAGCAUGAAUCUUUCAAAAUGCUUCCACCCUGCAAAUCUUAUGAAACUAUUUCCUUUGGGUUUGAAUUGGCCAGCGCAUACAAAACUUUAAAGCGGUGCAGUUGAUAACCAUGAGUGAUGAUUGUCUUUUCUAUGACACAGGAUAUUAUACUGAGUCAUCUCCUGGAAAGAUAUCUUGCUAACCAAAUCUACACCUACAUUGGUGACAUUUUAAUUGCCAUUAAUCCACUGAAAACAUUGAACUUGUAUGGCCCAGAGGUGAGUUUGCAUGCAGUUAUCAAGAUGCAAAACGUUACAGAAUGCUGCCACAAAUUGCUACACAGAAUUUCUUCCUUGUAUUACUUACAUGUAUAUUAGAGAUGUAAUGUGAGUCUGAGUUCUCCUUGUUCAAUGCUGUUGCUGAGGCUUGUCAGUGCAAAGGUCAUAGUGACUUUUAUAAUUUUUAUGACAAACUUGUUAACUCAGGGGUUUCAGCCUAAGAAAGGACAGAAACGUUGUAGGCCGCAAAAGUCCCUAAAUUUUCAACAUGAACAAUAUCUUCAGUUGCACUUUUGUGGACCAACCACAUUAACCUAAGCACUGGGCUUCCAAACAGAGUUAUAUUCUCCUUAUACCAAAAAUAAUAUUAAAAUAGAUAGUUAUGGUUUCUAUCUCAUCAUCACCCAGGUCUUUUUUUCUCCUUUCUAAAGCAUGCAAACAGAUACAAAAAUUCUCAAAAGAGUUCUUUACCACCUCACAUUUACAUGAUAGCAGACAUGACACAUCAGGCGAUGGUACACAACAAAAACCCACAGGUAAGGAAAUAACAUGUAAGAAAUUAGGAGGAAAAUGUGGCAUUUUUAACAUUUUGAGCUGUGGUAGGCUGUGAACAGACUUCCUUUUUGGAGUAUAGGUUGGAGAAAAAGCAAGAGAUUAUUGAAGAGUAAGCCAAACGUCAUCUUUGGGAGAGGCUCUGUCUGUCACUGAUUUGUAACAUUAUAUGUAACUCAUCUUCUUGUGUCUACCUCAGCUCGCACCUGCAUGUACACUAUUGGGGCUCAAAACAUUGUAAUAUUACAUUGAUUGAUAUGAAUAAAGUUGCUGUUGCACACUGUGUUUAUAAACAUAGCAUAAUUUAUAGUUUACAUUUGAACCAUUUUAUCCAGUGUAGUGUUAUUUGCAUUGGCUUUCAAAAUUAGCAUAUUUUCAUUCCUUUUUCAUUGGAAUUAAUUUAAAAAGAUUUGAACUGUUUUGCCUGAGAAAAUAGAGCCGACAUUAAGUUGUUCCUUUUCAGUGCUGCCUCAUUAGUGGAGAGAGUGGAGCUGGAAAAACAGUAUCUGCAGACUACCUAGUGCGGCAUUUGGCUGAACUAGGAAAGGUACAGUGUACUGAUGCAUGCUUGUGUAACAAAUAAUUUUCUUUUGUCAUCAAAGCAUGGCAGUUUGGUAUUCUGAUCUCUAGGUAAAGUUAGUGUCACUCUAAACAAUGUUUUGUGUUCAUAUUGGUGUUAAUUAGCUCUUUGGAUUGACAACAUUAAUUGCACAUUCAUCUUUUAUCCUGACAUAUAACAAAUUGCUAUUAUAUUUUCUUUUAUAACAGGCUGGAAACAGAACAUUGGAGGAAAAAAUAUUACAGGUGGGCAAAAAGAUUUAGCAAGUGAUAUGUUUUUUUAUUGCAUUUUUUUCUGGCUUGUUUGACUCUGUUGUGUCCAUUCAGAUAUCAUGAAAAAGAUCUCUUCCCCCUUCCUAAGCUAAAGUUUGGAGUACAAUUCAGAGUGUCAUAGGAAGGUACUGUUACUCUGAAAGGAA